CUCCCUGAUAUAUGUAGCCCUGCAGGUUGCUUCAUUAGCUGCUGUUUAUCUCCCUUCUAUGUGUAGCCUUGUCCUGGGGCUCAGAUUUAUCUGAAAAGCCACAAGAGAGGCUGGCCAGAUCACAGAGGAGCCCAAGCAGCUAAACAAAACACUGAAGUACUGCUGCCACUUCAUACCAACCAUGAGUAAGAAUGCCGAUGAAGAUCAGAUCAAGGACAGGCUGGAGCAGCUGAGAUGUCACUUUACAUGGGAUUUGCUAAUUGAAGACACUGAAAUGCCUGAUUUGGAAAACAGGAUCUUGGAUGAGAUUGAGUUCCUGGACACCAAAUACAAUGUGGGAAUACACAACCUACUGGCCUAUGUGAAACACCUGAAAGGCCAGAAUGAGGAAGCCCUGAAGAGCCUGAGAGAGGCUGAAGACUUAAUCCAGCGAGAACAUGCCGACCAAUCAGGCAUGAGAAGUCUGGUUACCUGGGGCAACUAUGCCUGGCUGUACUACCACAUGGGCAGACUAGCAGAAGCCCAGGCUUACGUGGACAAGGUGGAGAACACUUGCAAGAAGUUUCCAAAUUCCUCCAGCUAUAGGAUGGACUGUCCUCACAUGGACUGUGAGGAAGGAUGGGCCUUGCUGAAAUGUGGAGGGAAGAAUUAUAAACGGGCCAAAGCCUGCUUUGAAAAGGCUCUGGAAGCGGACCCCGAAAACCCUGAAUUCAGCACUGGGUAUGCAAUCACCGCCUAUCGCCUGGACGGCCUUAAUGGAGCACCACACAAUAGUGAGGAAAUUUGUCUGAACCUACUAAAACAGGCCAUCAGGCUAAAUCCAGAAGAUGCGUAUAUUAAGGCUCUCCUUGCCCUGAAGCUUCAGGAUGUAGGACAAGAAGCUGAAGGAGAAAAGUACAUUGAAGAAGCACGGACCAACAUGUCCUCGCAGACCUAUGUGCUUCGAUAUGCAGCCAAGUUUUACCGAAGAAAAGGCUCUCUAGAUAAAGCUCUCCAGCUCUUUAAAAAGGCCCUGAAGGCAACACCCUCCUCUGCCCUCCUGCAUCACCAGAUAGGCCUUUGCUACAGAGCACAAGCGAUUCAAAUACAGAAAGCUAGAAACUGGCAGCCUAGAGGACAGGAUAGAGAAAAUAUUGACAGAAUUGCAAGAUUAGCCAUAUCGCAUUUCGAAUUUGCUCUGGAAGAAAAACCCACAUUUGAGAUUGCUUAUGUACACCUGGCAGAAAUGUAUACAGCAGUAGGCAACCUUAGCAAAGCUGAAGACGCUUAUCAAAAAGUGUUAUGCAUGAAAUUAAUCGAAGAAGAAAAGCUGCAAAAGAUACAUUUCUACUAUGGCCAAUUUCAGGAAUUUCAAAGGAAAUCUGAAGUCCAUGCAAUCGUCCAUUAUUUAAAAGCAGCAAAAAUAGAAAAGGCAACAUUUGCAAGGGAUAAAAGUAUCAGUUCUUUGGAGAAAUUGGCUCUAAAGAAACUUCAGAGAAAUGCAUUAGACAUAGAAACCUUGAGCAUCCUGGGGUUCAUCCACAAAGUGAAAGGAGAAAUGCAUAAAGCCCUGGAGUAUUAUGAGUGGGCCCUGAGGCUGGCUGCUGACUUUGAGAACUCUGUGGGACAUGAUCCCUAGGCAAUGAAAUAUGGACCACUUUCCUAUUUCGUCUUAUUUUAGGUUAACAUGUACUAAUCCUCUUAUCUUCUUGCUGCUUUCAGAACAUAUUAUGUAAUUCACUGUAAUGAUGCAAGGUUUGAAAACUUACUCCAACCUGGUAAAAUAGUAGUUGCAUUCAGAAAACAGUGAAACAGAAUACAUAUGUCUUUGUGUGUGAGAGAGAGAGGAAGAGAGCGCGAAAGAGUGGAACCAUAUCUCUGUGAAUGCUAUAUAGUAGAAAAAAACAGUUUGUUGAGUAGAUUUGCAGCAAAUGAAACAAUGGACUUACAUAAAAUAAAAUGUUUAAUUCAUUCAUGUUAUAUACAAAUAGUUUUCAGUGCUAGAUACCAAAAAUACUAUAGUGAUGUAGGGGAUGAAAAAAUGCUUUUUCCUCUACCCUUCUUAGGUACAACGGCUGGGGCCCCAUAAAUUAGACGGAUAAAAGACAGAUUAAUAAGAAAAAAACAAACAAGUUUAUUAACACAUGCAUCACGCAUACACACGGGAGUACCGAAUGAUGAGUGAACUCAAAGAAGUGGUUAGAACUUGGGCUUAUAUAGCAUCCUAACAAACAAACAAUACAUUUUUAGAGAACUGCUAAGAUAAGGGAAAAGAACUUUGAGUUUCUAGGGUAGCAAAGUAAAUAUGUGGGGGAAACUAAUGGAAGAAAAGAGCUAGUUAGUAAGGCUUGUUGUGUCGAUUCCUCUGGUAGUGACUCUGGGCUGAUAAGAGCCUAAAGUUGUUUCAGGAGAUUAACUUCUGUCCUUCCUGGUGGGGGGGGGACACCUUUACAAAUUUCUGUCCUGCUUUUAGGCAGAUAUGGGGAUAACAGAGAGCUUUUCUUAUAUCUGCUUCUUCUCAAUUGCGUUCAGCUCAAAAUAAGCCUUAUGCCAACAUGGUAUAUUUUGGGAUGGCAUAUUCUGCUACCCAUCAGUGAACAAAGCAGACAUUUUCCCCAAACCUCCUGCAGCAUAUAGUCUAGUAAGAGAGAGAGACAGUAAAACAAGCACACAGUCAAUUAAAGGUCAGCUUUCUCCAUGAAGAUGUUAGAAAUUUAAUUCAUUGUCAAACUGUCCCAACUAGUUUCUCUUGUUUUAUGCCCUUUUGUUUGAAGCACUAUUUAUUUAGUCAUUUGCUGGAGCUGAUCUAGUUAGAUCAAGAAAUAUGAAAAGGAUACUAAAUGAUCUGGGAGAUGAUCUGUAGCAAUCACCUUUGAUUAUGACAUUUUAUUAAAAGGCAAUUCACAACAAAUAACAUUUUUAAAAAGAAAACUAAGGAAACAAUGUUAUUUUUUCAUUCUUGGAUUUGUUUUGGGAGAGGAUGUAUUAAUUUCCUACUGUGGCUGUAACAAAUUAGCACAAACGUGGUAUCUUCAAAUGACACAAAGUUAUCUCACAGUUCUGGAGGUCAGAAGUGUGAAAUGGGUUUCAUUGAACUCAAAUCAAGCUGUUGGCACAGCCACACUCCUUCCUGAGGCUCUAGGAGACAAUCCUUUUUGUACCUAAUCCAGCUUCUAGAGGCUGCCUGCAUUUCUUGGUGGGGACCUCUAAUUCACAAGAGUACAAGUCCCCAAGGAAUUCACAGAAAUAUUGGGGAGGGCUUUGGAUAUUUCCCGAAAUUCUAUAGUAAUUGAAGUGAGCAAAAUUUAUAUCGUUGAGGGGCUGGCAUAAGAGUUACAUAAAAGUAAUCUUCCCAACCUCAUUAUCACUAAAACAAGAGAUUUAUUAGAUUUAACAAAAACGAUAGUUUCAAGUGCUUGAUUUGGAGGAAGGAUGCUGUGUGGUGCUAAAUAAGUAACCAUUACGAACUCUCACAGAGUCAGUAAUACGAAAAGCAAAUAACUGUUGGAUAAUUGGUCAAAUCUUUGACUAUUAGGCAAUUCUUCCCAGACAUUGCUAUACAUCAUUUGCAUCCAGAAAGCAGAGCUCAUUAAUGCAAAAUUAAUCUCUGGAUUAUGUAUUCUGUUCCUAGGGGGUGUGUCUGACAAUCUCCAGAGAUCAGGAUUACUUAGUGUUUCUUAUAACUUAAUACCAUCUCACUAUCCAAUCCUUCCCAACUCGACAAGAGAUCUCUGCACUUCCCAGAACUCAGUAAUACUAAAGUGUGGGACAGUCUAGAUGUUCACGGAGAAAAACAAGCAGCAAAUUUAGGAAAAUAGAUGCUCUUUGGUAUUGAAAAUACUAUUGCCAAAUUUACACAUGAAUAUCUCCAGGCAUUACCAAGAGGUCUCUUUAAAUUGACAGCCUAAUUUCAGAAGCUUGUUACUCCCACGAAAAUGACUGACAGAACUUCAGCUGGUGUCCUUAUUUAGAGUUCUUCCACUCAAGAAUUUCUCCAAGUGUCCAGUGAGUGUCUUUCAUGUACCCCUAAAUCAGGCCAAACUACAGCUCCUGCCAUUCACUACUGUUGUCGGUACCCCAGCCCAGGUCUUUGCUAACUGCUAUCUAAACACUACUGCAGGCUCUAGCUCGAGCCUUGGGGAUCACCCUGGCCACCAACGUCUCCAUUCUCAUCAUGCUGCUAGAGCUGGACCUGUACUGGGACAAAGGGCCUCUACCCUAUAGCCUGCCCCAGCUUGAAUUACUCACCCUCAGUCUGUGUCCAUAGAUCUGUAUCUUGUCCCCAGUCAGACCAAAUGUGAUUCAGCCACCUCCACUCUGGAGUCCCAGGCUGAAGGGAGUAGGCCUUCUCUGACAUUCCCCUUGAUACCCACCCUCUCACCCAGGCCUCCUCCUGAACUCCAGUGCCAUCCUCAACUUCACUUGAUCUGUAUUCAACUUUUGCUCUCCUACCUGAAGUCUACCUCCUAUCUCUUGCAGGCUGUACAAUGAGAACCAAUUCAAAUAAAUUAGGAAUAUACAUGAGGGUAGUAUUUACAGCAG